AUGAAAGUUUUGAUCGUCUAUGCCCACCCAGAAAAGCAAUCUUUGACUCAUUCUUUGAAGGAAGUGGCUGUUCAGAAAUUAAAGGAGGAUGGCCAUGAAGUUAUUGUGAGUGAUUUGUAUGCCAUGAAAUGGCAAGCUAGUAUAGAACCUACCGAUUUUUUAAAUCAUGACGAAGAUACAAGAUUAAAUGUUAUGCUUGAUUCUGGUAUUGCUUAUGAAGCUGGUGCAUUAACCGAAGAUGUUUUGGCUGAGCAAGAAAAACUCAGAUGGGCUGAUACAGUUAUUUUCCAAUUUCCAUUCUGGUGGUUCCACAUGCCAGCAAUAAUGAAAGGUUGGAUUGAUAGAGUCUUUUCUUUCAAGUUCGCUUAUGGCGUUGGUGAACAUACUGCGACCCAUUAUGGUGACCAAUAUGGUGAGGGCCCCUUCACCAAUAAACGUGCUUUAAUUAUUACAACCAUUGGUGGUCACAAAAGCCAUUAUACUGAACGUGGUAUUGGUGGUAAUAUUGAUUACUUGCUGUUCCCAAUUAAUCACGGUAUUUUAUACUACCCUGGUUUCCAAGUUCUUCCAUCCUUCUGUGUUUAUGAAACUAUCAAGAUGAACAAUGGAACUUUUAACAAUUGGGCAGAUAAAUUAAGAAACUAUUUAGAUGAUUUAGAAACAAAGAAAAGAAUCCCAUAUAGAAUUCAGAAUGGCGGUGAUUACAACUUACUAGAACUGACAUUGAAAGAAGGUACUGAGUCUCCUGGACAAACAGGAUUGAAUAUUCACUUGGAUCUAACUAAAUAG